GCUGCAAGAGCUCGGCGCCAACCUCGCGCCGGUGAGCGCCCCGCACGCCCGGAAAAUCCCCUCUAUGUGCGGCUGAACCGGCCCUGGAUCCGACGAUCCCGCCCUCGGUCUUCGGAGCAGAAAUCGCAAAGACGGAAGGACUGGAAAUGGCAGACCAUAUGAUGGCCAUGAACCACGGGCGCUUCCCCGACGGCACCAACGGGCUGCACCACCACCCUGCCCACCGCAUGGGCAUGGGGCAGUUCUCGAGCGCCCACCACCACCAGCAGCAGCAGCCGCAACACGCCUUCAACGCCCUGAUGGGCGAGCACAUACACUACGGCGCGGGGAACCUGAAUGCCACGAGCGGCAUCAGGCACGCAAUGGGGCCGGGGACUGUGAAUGGAGGGCACCCCUCGAGCGCGCUGGCCCCAGCAGCCAGGUUUAAUAACUCCCAGUUCAUGGGCCCCCCGGUGGCCAGCCAGGGAGGCUCCCUGCCGGCCAGCAUGCAGCUGCAGAAGCUCAACAACCAGUAUUUCAACCAUCACCCCUACCCGCACAACCACUACAUGCCGGAUUUGCACCCUGCUGCAGGCCACCAGAUGAACGGGACAAACCAGCACUUCCGAGAUUGCAACCCCAAGCACAGCGGUGGCAGCAGCACCCCCAGCGGCUCGGGCGGCAGCAGCACCCCUGGCGGCUCCGGCGGCACCUCGGGCGGCGCCGGCGGCAGCAAUAGCGGCGGCGGCGGCAACAGCAGCAGCAACAUGCCCGCCUCCGUGUCCCACGUCCCUGCUGCAAUGCUGCCGCCCAAUGUCAUAGACACUGAUUUCAUCGACGAGGAAGUGCUCAUGUCCUUAGUGAUAGAAAUGGGUUUGGACCGCAUCAAGGAGCUGCCCGAACUCUGGCUGGGGCAAAACGAGUUUGAUUUUAUGACGGACUUUGUGUGCAAACAGCAGCCCAGCAGAGUAAGCUGUUGACUCGAUCGAAAGCCUGGUGAAAGAAAUCAAACCCCCAGCUUCUUCGGUGUGAAUUAAAAAACAUUCCCUUAGACACAGUAUCUCACUUUUCAGAUCUUGAAAGGUUAGAGAACUUGGAAACAAAGUAAACUAUAAAACUUGUACAAAUUGAUUUAAAAAAAAAAAAU